AUGACAACGGCUGCUAAUUCUCUCUUGUCUGCCAACGAAAGGAAUGGAUAUUGUUGUCUCUCUUCUCCGUCGUUAUUUCGAUCGAUUCUUAAAAGUGCUUCUCGAGACGCUGGUCUCCAAACAUUUUUUUAUAUCCUAUUUCCACAUUUCUUUCUUCUCUUCACUUUUUUUUUUCUUCUCUUUUUUUUUUCUUCUCAUUUAUUCUUCUCUUUUUUCUUCUCUUUUUUUCUUCUCUUUUUUUUUUUCUUUUUUUUUCUCUUUUUUUUCUUCUCUUUUUUUCUUCUCUUUUUUCUUCUCUUUUUUUUCUCUUUUCUUUUUUUCUCUUCUCUUUUUUUCUCUUCUCUUUUUUUCUUCUCUUUUUUUCUCUUCUCUUUCAUUUUUUCUUUUUCUUUUCUUCUCGUCUCUUCUCUUUUUUUCUUCUCUUUUUUCUCUUCUCUUUUUUCUUCUCUUUUUUUCUCUUCUCUUUUUUUCUUCUCUUUUUUUCUCUUCUCUUUUUUUUCUUCUCUUUUUUCUUUUCUUUUUUCUUCUCUUUUUUUUCUUCUCUUUUUUUCUUCUCUUUUUUUCUUCUCUUUUUUUCUUCUCUUUUUUUCUCUUCUCUUUUUUCUUCUCUUUUUUUUCUCUUCUCUUUUUUUCUUCUCUUUUUUCUCUUCUCUUUCAUUUUUUCUUUUUCUUUUCUUCUCGUUUCUUCUCUUUUUUUCUCUUCUCUUUUUUUCUCUUCUCUUUUUUCUCUUUUUUUUUCUCUUCUCUUUUUUCUCUUUCUUUUUUUCUUCUCUUUUUUCUCUUUUUUUUUCUUCUCUUUUUUUCUCUUCUCUUUCAUUUUUUCUUUUUCUUUUCUUCUCGUCUCUUCUCUUUUUUCUUCUCGUCUCUUCUCUCUUUCUUUCUUUCUUUCUUUCUUCUACAUUCUCUUCCCUCCUUUCUUACCUCUCAAUUUUAACUGUUUAUUUAUAUAUUUUCACUUUCCUCUCUCCCCAAUUAUUUCUAUUCUUUCCUCCUCCUCUCUUUUCCAUUCUGUUUCCUCCUUUCUUCCGGCUGAUGUUCUACACCAUUUAG